GAUUACACCUAACGGAUUCUCGAAAACUCUAAAAUAACCCCACAAAGACAGCUCCCUACUUCAACAAACGGCUCCAUUUAUGUAUUUUCCUUAUAGACUCCAUUGCCACUUGUAUCAUACUUUUACAGUAUCACUCAACCCACAAAGCCAAAGGCAGAAGAAGAAACAAGGAAGGAGAUAUUAGGGUUUCUGUUAUCGGCCUUAAUCCCAUUGCUUAGCAAUCACAGAUCCACUGUUCUAUGGAUUCUUCAAUUUGCAUAAACGAGUCGCUGACAGAUGACGAGCUGAGGUCGAUUUUGUCAAAGCUGGAGAGCGACAAGGAUAAGGAGAUAUUCGGGUUGGUAUGCAAGAGAUGGCUUCGUUUGCAGAGCACUGAAAGGAAGAAACUUGCUGCUCGUGCGGGACCUCACAUGCUUCAGAAGAUGGCUGCCAGGUUCUCUCGCUUGAUUGAAUUGGAUCUUUCUCAGUCAGUUUCCAGGUCCUUCUAUCCUGGUGUUACUGACUCUGAUCUUUCGGUCAUUGCUAAUGGGUUCAAAUGCUUGAGGGUCCUCCAAUUGCAGAAUUGUAAAGGAAUUACUGAUAGUGGGAUGCGGUCAAUUGGAUGUGGUCUGCCUUCUCUACAGUCUUUGGAUGUAUCAUAUUGCAGAAAGCUAACAGAUAAGGGGUUGUUAUCUGUUGCUGAAGGUUGUAGAGAUCUACUGUACCUACAUCUUGCUGGAUGCAGAUUCGUCACUGAUGGUGUGCUAAAAGCUCUUUCUAAGAACUGUCCUAAUCUAAAAGAGUUGGGCCUGCAAGGAUGCACCAACAUAACUGACCACGGGCUAACAGAUCUUGUCAGUGGUUGCCAGCGAAUCCAGUACUUAGACAUCAAUAAGUGCAGCAAUGUUGGGGACAUUGGAAUUUCCAAUCUUUCAAAGGCAUGUUCAUAUUGUCUCAAGACACUGAAGUUGUUGGAUUGCUACAAAGUUGGGGAUGAAUCUGUAUUAUCCUUAGCCAAAUUUUGCGAUAAUCUUGAAACCCUUAUUAUAGGGGGCUGUCGAGACAUCUCUGAUAAGUCUAUAAAAUCAUUGGCUUCAGCCUGUAAAAAUAGUUUAAAGAAUUUGCGUAUGGACUGGUGUUUAAGUAUCUCCGACUCUUCAUUAAGCUGUAUCCUCACUGAGUGCAGAAAUCUAGAGGCUCUUGACGUUGGAUGCUGUGAGGAGGUUACAGAUGCUGCUUUUCAAGGUUUAGGAACUAUAAAAAGUGAAUUAAGGCUGAAGGUUUUGAAAGUUAGCAACUGUCCGAAGAUAACAGUGUCUGGGAUAGGCAUGCUUUUGGAGAAGUGCAGCACUUUAGAGUACCUUGAUGUGAGAUCCUGCCCUCAUAUUACAAAGUCAGGUUGUGAUGAGGCUGGGUUGCAGUUUCCUGAACGGUGUAAAGUAAAUUACACAGGAAGCUUGAAUGAGCCAUAUCUUCUGGCUUGAGAGUUGAGACCCCAAAUUUACAGAUUGGAAUUCAGGGGAAGUUCUGUCAUUGGAAACUCUUAGUCAUCCUUCCUGAAAAGUCAGUAGAGUAUCACAAUGAACAAAGGCUUUUUCCUGCCAAUCUUUUCUUGUACUUGUACAAACUAUGCAUUUGACUUUGAUUCAUUCAUGCUUGGUAUUUUUUAUCUAUUCAUCACCUAGGUUGUUUAUGUAUAUUAUGCAUGUACAUUGUUUCUUCUGUUGUUUUACAUGUCUAUUUAUCUUUGUUUUUGGUUUUU